UGCGGCAGCGCGUGGGGCGGCGGAGUUCCCUGGGUGGGAUCCCGCGUAGUGCGGCGCUGUGGGCCUGGGGACGCCGGGCGGUGGGACCAUGGCCUCUGAGGAGCCGCUGGCGGUAGUCACCUGUACCGCGCCGGUCAACAUCGCGGUCAUCAAGUACUGGGGCAAGCGUGAUGAAGAGCUGGUCCUGCCCAUCAACUCCUCCCUCAGCGUCACUCUGCACCAGGACCAGUUAAAAACCACCACAACGGCCGCCAUCAGCAAGGACUUCACCGAGGACCGGGUUUGGCUGAACGGCCGGGAGGAGGACGUGGGGCAGCCGCGCCUCCAGGCCUGCCUGCAGGAGAUCCGACGCCUGGCCCGGAAGCGGAGGAACGCCUGGGAUGGGGACCUGCCGCCCUCCAGCCUUAGCUGCAAGGUGCACGUGGCUUCGGUGAACAACUUCCCCACGGCUGCGGGCCUGGCCUCCUCAGCGGCGGGCUACGCCUGCCUAGCCUACACUCUGGCCCGCGUCUAUGGCGUGGAGAGUGACCUCUCAGAAGUGGCUCGCCGGGGCUCAGGCAGCGCCUGCCGGAGCCUGUAUGGGGGCUUUGUGGAGUGGCAGAUGGGAGAGCAGGCUGAUGGGAAGGACAGCAUUGCCCGGCAAGUGGCCCCUGAGUCGCACUGGCCUGAACUCCGCGUCCUUAUCCUGGUGGUGAGCGCUGAGAAGAAGCUGACGGGCAGCACUGUGGGCAUGCAGGCCAGCGUGAAGACCAGCCCCCUGCUGCGGUUCCGGGCCGAGUCCGUGGUGCCCGCACGUUUGGCGGAGAUGACCCGCUGCAUCCAGGAGCGGGACUUCCGGGGCUUCGCCCAGCUCACCAUGCAGGACAGCAACCAGUUCCACGCCACCUGCCUGGACACCUUCCCGCCCAUCUCCUACCUCAGCCACGUCUCCUGGCGCAUCAUCCAGCUGGUGCACCGCUUCAACGCCCACCACGGGGACACCAAGGUGGCGUACACCUUUGACGCGGGCCCCAAUGCCGUGAUCUUCACCCUGGAGGACACCGUGGCUGAAUUUGUGGCUGCUGUAAGGCACACCUUUCCCCCGGGGUCCAACGGAGACACGUUUCUGAAGGGGCUGCAGGUGAGGCCGGCCCCUCUCCCCGCUGAGCUUGAAGCUGCGCUGGCCAUGGAGCCGACUCCCGGUGGGAUCAAGUACAUCAUCGCCACUCAGGUGGGGCCGGGGCCUCAAAUCUUGGCCGACCCCUGCACCCACCUCCUGGGUCCUGACGGCCUGCCGAAGCUAGCUGCCUGACCGCCUCCGCAGGAGCGCAGCCGCCUGGAGAAGGGGUGUCCUCGCUGGAGCUAGAAAGCGGGUGUGGUGGACUGGCUGGACCGCUGGGACUUGUGUGUGGUGGCCUGGCUCUGGGCCCAUGGGCAGCAUGCCGUGGGGCAGUGCGGGGAGACCUGCGGCUGCCGGAUGUCAGGAGAGGUCCCCGCCGCGUGCCUCAGCUGCCCCGAGCUGCACCAGCACUUCGCCAAUAUGGAUGGGGUCGGGGGGUGAAAGCUGGCAGAGCCGGGUGCGGCAGGGCUGAAGGGCUUUCUCACCUCACUCCGGACGUUCCCACUGCUCCGGGACAGGAGCUCGGCAGGGACUUGGCAUCCCUCAGGGCCAGGGGAGGGGUCUGUUGGAGCAGCCACCUCGGGCCUCAGGAAGCCACGAAGUAUCUCGGCUGGUGGCUGCCCAUGGCACCUCUGCUGAGACCCUGCCCAGGUAUGGCUGGAAUGGUGGGAGGAGUGGGCACCAACACGGCCCUAGUGGCCGUGGGAAUAAACUGGCAUUGCAGCCUCUG